GGUGUUAAUUGUCUUCAAGGGUGAAUUUCAUCUUCAGCAACACAGGAUGGCCACUGAACUUGUCGUGCAAAGCGAGCGUGCUUAUCAAAAGCAGCCUCACAUUUUCCAAAAUGCCAAGAAGGGUGCCGGUCGCCGUUGGUACAAGGAUGUCGGUUUGGGUUUCAAAACCCCUUCUGAGGCUAUCUAUGGUCAAUACAUUGACAAGAAGUGCCCCUUCGUUGGUGAAGUUUCCAUCCGUGGCCGUAUCUUGACUGGUACUGUCGUUUCUACCAAGAUGCACCGUACCAUCAUCAUCCGUCGUGAAUACUUGCACUUCAUCCCCAAGUACAACCGUUAUGAGAAGCGCCACAAGAACGUUGCUGCCCACGUCUCUCCUGCUUUCCGUCUUAACGAGGGUGAUGUCGUUACUGUUGGUCAAUGCCGUCCCUUAAGUAAGACUGUUCGCUUCAACGUUCUCCGUGUUGUCAAGCACACCGAAGGCUCUAAGCAAUUCGGCAAGUUUUAAAAUAUAUCUUUUUUAAUAUAAGGUCAAUUUAAGGAAGGCAUAUAACGGCUAUGUUGUAGUGGUUUGUUUUCUGGUUAGUAUAUCCUCCUCCAUGUGAGAAUGUCAAUUGAGUAGUCCGUCCAUCCCGCUAUUUGAAAUUUUAUUUUAGCAUAAACCAUUUGUAAGCAUAAACAAACUAUAAGGUUUGCAGGAAAUUUCUGACUUCUAUUAGGAUAAUUUUAGUUAAGAAUUAUGAGUGUUCAUUAAGGUCUUAAAGCAAACACUCUUGUUAGCAAACUUGCAUAGAACCCUUGGUUACAGUAAUAAAUAAGCGACAACUCGCUGCCAUUCCUUAUAUCAAAACUGAUCAAUGAUCUAUAAUUUAGCACCUGUAGACUUCUGUCCUUU